AAUGGAACUUCGUGUUCUAGUAUCUUUCAGUAUUGAGGGUUGCAGUUCCUCUGGAAAUAUUUUGUGAAUUUUUCAAAAAAAUUCCUGUACCGAAUUGAGCGUAAUUCUUGAAUUUUUUUUCGUAAAAUAUGAUGAAGUACAGUAGCUCCAAAAACACUCAAAAAUGGGAAAAGAACGAAACGUAUUGAACACCAUUUAAGAGCUUUUCAAUCGAAAAAAAUAUGCUGACAAUUGGGUUUUACGCAGUUUAAUAUCCGUAACGGUAAUAUACUGUAUUGUACUUCUCUAUCGCAAGAAAAAUUGGCGACAACCCUUUAUUUCAAAUACUUCGCGAGGGGUUCCCGUUAUCAGCGGCAUACCGUACAGGUUUUGAAUUUAUUUUAUUUUUUUGCUGCAAAUACAUUUUCAGGAUUUUUUAUGAACUCCUAGAUGUGCGGAUUAUUUCCGUGAUUGCGGAUCGCGCUUAUCCGGAGUCUUGAGUUGAAGAUGACUAAUCUUGGAAACGGCGAGUGAAUAUUGCAAAAAGCAUAAGUUUACCAAGAAACGUGUCAUCCAAUGACUUUCUCACGCCGCGAAGAGGAAAACAGUUGAGGUAAAGUAUUUUUAAACCUCUUCUUACUUGAUUCUGAAUAAGAUCAGAUCAAUUUCGCUCAUGCGAUGCGACGAAAUGAAUCUCGCUCUCUUCGCGCUUACUUUCCUGACAUUGUUGAUAGUUGUAAUUUUAGGUUUUUGGGGUCCGGUACUUGUCGGCAAUAUCUCUCCUGCGUUGCGGUCAGAUUUUGUUGUCGAGAAUGCGACUUAUGGGAAAGAUACCUUGCAUUACGUAGUUGAGCGACUGGACGCUGAAGAUUUUAGAGCCACUGAUGAAAAGGAGCCGAGGAAAAUGGUGGAUCCGUUUCCGCGGAUCACGAACGAUACCUCUGUGGCGUGCAGACAUUUUGAUUUGCCCGCCCUUGAUCCGAUUGCGAUGAAGUUUUACUCUGAUCUGCCUCCGCUGAAGUGCGAUCAGAGUAAGCAUUGGAUUACUGUUAAAGGUACGCGGUUGCAAAAUAUUAUUGCUGAUGGCACUUGGGUGGAUAAAAAAUUCACUGAAGAAUAUUUGAGUGGAUUCCUGUUGAGGCAGUUCCAGAAAAAUGGUUACGCCACUGCAUACCUUGAAGAUGAGCAGAAUUGGGGAACGUAUCAUUCAUUCUUAUCCCCUGGGUAUCGUAAUUCUCCUGCUGACCACUAUACUCGAAUGUAUAUGUGGUUGAGAGGGCGUUUGAAUGGGUACAAGGAAUCCUGUUGCGGACCGAGAAGCUGCAAUUGGGUUGCUCAGACCUAUUUUCAGUACCUGUGGGACUUGCACAAAGACGUGCCCAAGUUUUUCUUUGGCCUUCAGGGCAGUUACUCUCACUCGGUGUCUCCUGACACGCUCGGUUUCAUUGAUGGGGAAUUCGAAAGCUUUUUACACUGGAUCAAGACCAAUUUGAGUAACGACACCUUGGUAAUAAUUAUGGGUGAUCAUGGUCAUCGAUUUCACGAAUUCGGAGGAACUCGUCAAGGGAUGCUUGAGAUGCGAAUGCCUUUGAUGCAUAUUAGUUUUCCCGAAUGGUUUGAGCGACAGUUUCCUGACGCCGUGAACAAUUUGAGGACGAAUUCGAAGCGAUUGGCAACUCCGAUGGAUUUGCACGUUACUCUCAAAAGUCUGUUGAACUUCAGAGCUCUCGAUUUUAAAACCGGACCCUCCGUGAAUGAUAGUCUGCCAGUUGCCCUAAAUUGGUUCCUUCCGGUUCCGAAAGAAAGGACUUGUGAGAUGGCAGAGGUUGCUGUGCAUUGGUGUGCUUGUCCUGUCUCGAAGCCUCUGGAAACCUCUAGUCCGAUUGCCUUGCAAAUGUCGUCUGCCUUGGUCGUGUUUAUUAACAAGCAGGUAAACAAGAUCCUGGAAUCAUUCAAGCGGAGGACAGAGGGUUUGCGAGUCCCAGAAUGUCAGAAGUGGACCUUGAAGUCUGUUCAACAUGCGACCGAACUACAGGGUGGAGCAGAGGAUUUGCAUGAAAUCACGUCUUCGGGAUUGCAUAAUGCCUUUGGGACCCUCGGAGAAGAAUCAUUCAAUUGUGACCAUUUCAUGAUGGAAGCUGAAUUCAUGGUGUUCCUCGCAAUAUUGAGUAUUGUGAAAUCAGAUACUGCUGAUAACAUUGAAGAUUGGAAUGAGGAAGUGAUUUCUGGUCGUUACGGAAAUCAGUCAGCUCAUCAAGAUGCGCAUCUUCGAACAUCGAUGAUUUAUUUGCACAGCAGGUUCAGUGACCGUGUGAGGACCUCUUUGGAAGAGUCCUUGGAUGACUUUUUCAUCACCACUUUGGGCAUUGUCAUCGUCUUGAUGCAAGCGGGCUUUGCCUUUUUAGAAGCUGGCUCCGUGCGGUCGAAAAAUACCGUGAACAUUUUGAUGAAAAAUUUACUCAACUUCCUUAUCGGAGGCCUGUCUUAUUGGUUUGUUGGCUACGUCUUUGCUUUCGGAGAUGGGAAUGCGUUUUUCGGCUGGUCCAACUGGCCAGUACUCAACACGGAUUAUCAUGACGUUCAGUUGUGUUGGAUUGACUUUUUGCAUGCUGCAACUGCUUCUUCAAUCGCAUCUGGGGCUGUUGCUGGACGUUGCCGAGCUUCAGCUUAUUUUGUAUUCGCUACUUGCCUACCAGGCAUAAUUUAUCCUGUUGCCAAGCAUUGGACUUGGCAUCCAGAGGGUUGGUUGAGAAAGUCGCCGUACAAGUCGUACGCUGGAGCGGGAACAGUUCAUUUGCUCGGAGGUGUAGUUGCUCUUGUUGGAACCACAUUUUUGGGUCCAAGAAUCGGAAUGUUCGAUGAAAAUACUGGGAAGCCGACGAAUGAAAUACGAGGGCAUUCCGUUCCUUGGGUUGCAUUUGGAGGAUUUAUUGUAUUAUUUGGUACUAUGGCUUUUGCUGCUGGGUUUCAAGGCCAUAUCACGCAACCCGGGGAUGGAGAUGUGAUAGCGCUUUCAAUUGUCAACACUUUGUUAGGUGGCUGUUUUGGAGGACUGGGCUGUCUCUUUUUCAAAAGAUACAUUGAAAAGUCAAGCAGCUGGUCUUUCCUUAUGACUCAGAAUGGAUGUCUGGCUGGAAUGGUUGCUGUGACAGCUGGCUGCAAUGUUUAUGCGCCCUGGUUUGCUGGCAUCUGUGGAUUUCUUGGAGGUUGCAUUUAUCUCUCUUCACAUUUCAUGUUUUUGCGAUUUGGAGUUGACGAUCCAGUCGAGUCUAUUCCAACGCAUUUGGGUCCAAGCAUCCUUGGACUCCUUGUGGUGGGCCUAUUCAUGGAUAGAGGAUUUGGAAGAGUUUUGCAAUGGAAUUGUAUUGCUGUUCUGGCUAUUGGUGGUUGGGCAUUUGUAACUGCUGGGCUCAUGUUCGGGAUUUUGAAAUGGCUGAAAAUUCUGAGGAUUGCUGAAUACAAAGAAAAAGGAGGUCUGGAUCAUUGGAAUCAUAAGGAACCGGCGUACCCGAUAGUCUCGUGGCUGGAAGGAGAAAUGCCGGAAACUCACGCUUCCGCAUUCAUCAAAAACUGUACCGUGAUGAUGGAUAGCUACGCGCAGGUCACACCUCGCAUUUCAGCUGAGAAUUUGCCUGCAAUGGUCAUUCUGGACGCUGUUUCCCGACUCGCUGAUAUUCCCCCUGAGGAAACAUUGCAGAUUCGGCCGCGUGCGAGCUCUGUUCCAGCUGUUCCGGUGUCGCGGUUUCUUGCGGAUCGACGAGCAGCUAGGGCCAAAUCCCGGGAAGAAGGCGAUGCGCAACGUUCUCAACUGCAGACUAUCAUCAGCAGGAAUAACACGGCUGCCGAUUUGGAUGAUUAUUGAAAUCUAUGAAGGUGCUCUCUUUUCUUGUCGAGAAGGAUGGUGUUCUGCAUGCAUGAUGGAUCUUACGUUGGAUGUUUCAACUUCACUUGGCCCCGGAGUAUAAUUUCACUCAGAUUUUUUUUUUCACACUUGCCCUCUCCAGGUGAUCUUCCUUAUUCGUCAUCAUUAGAACGGAGCUCCAAUAAAUAGGAGUGAGUUAUUUGGAACCCUGACUUGCGCGCGAUGUAUAAUUUGGUCCAGCAUCAACUUGGAUUAGCCUUGGUUGAAGCAGGAACAUAUGUAGUUUUUCAAGUGGAAGUUUUUCGGGAAUAUUUUGGAAGCUGAAAAAAAAAUCUCAAAUUAUUUCACUAUUUUUACAUCAGAGGCCACCCCAAAUUAAUGCGUCGGGCAUGCUGUGAGCAACUUAUUCUACGGAGGGUGUCAGAUAAUACAGUAGUCACAAUUAAUAAGUGUCAUUUUGAGGAUCAUCCUGAUCAAAGAGAGGGAAGGGAAAUAAUGUAAGGGAUACCAUUCAAGAUCAUGCAACAAUUAAAAAACUGCAGUCCGAAAAAAAAUGUGUAUUUAUAGGUCGCGCGAUCUUGAUGGAUAUAAAGAGGACUAUGCAGUGAUACCCUGGGAAAACGAGACCCGCGAAAACAGGGAAUUACGAUUCCAUCACACGUUCCACUCGUCCAUAUCGGUCCAUGCCUUGGUAAACUGAUGCUGCGUGACUCACUAUGUUUCGAUUUUACGUGAAGUACCAAGUACAGUAUAAAAAUUGUGAGUACUGUAGUUAGUAUGACGGAAUAAUAAAUAUUUUCAACUAUGCCGAGUACACCAUUAUUUUCAACGGUAUUUCAAUUUCUUCAUUUUGUUCAGCGCACUGCCAUAUCUCCUGCAUGCGGCUUCUAUAGAAUAUCCAAAU